GUUCUCUCUCUUUAUCUCUAUCUCUCUCUCUCUCUCUCUCUCUCUCUCUCUCUCUCUCUCUCUCUGUCUCUCUGAUAUCCCUAAUCCGGUAAACACCUCAGACGCCAACUCAGUCAUAUAGGGUCUUCCAUCUGAAUCUAAAGUCGUCGCUGAAUUGAAGCAAAUCUCAUUUCAGGUUUUACUUUGACUUUCCGAUCCGAUCCGAUUAUUCAAUUUAUUCACAAGUAUAUGCCAGUGUGAUUUUUGGAGUUUGGAUUCUAUUCAAUUUCGCCCAAACCCUAAACCUGAAAAAAAUAUGAAUGAAUUGAUGCAAGACCAACAUCAGCCGGAAGUCACCACCACGACGGCGGAGUCGCCUCUUCUUCCUCCGCCUCCGCCUCCUCCGCCGCCAACUCAACGGCGGCCGAGGGUGAGAGAGGUCAGCUCUCGGUUCAUGUCUCCUCUCGUUUCAUCGCCCAUUUCUAAACACCAACAACAACAGCAUCAGCAUCAGCAUCAGCAUCAUCAGCAGCAGCAGCCGCAGCGGUCAACCUCGGCGCAUAGGCAGCGGCGGCGGCAUCUGGACAUGGAGCCAUUGUACAGUUCCGAUGACGAGAACAGGCCUUCUGUCACUGAGUCGAUUCAGAUCCAAAACUCGGAGCUGGACCCUCAGUGCAAAGCAGCUCAGAGGAAACUACAGCGUUCUGUAGUGAAGCUUUUCAAAGAAAACAGAGGAGGAAACAGAGCCGAUCCGCCUUCGAAAACUUGCUCUGGAAAAUUCAACACGCCUUCGAGGCCGGACACGCCUACUGUCUCUACAAUUGGUACAACAAUAGCAUCGAGAUUCAGACGAUCUACCACCAAUAUGAGCGCCACGGGCACCGCCGCGGCCAAGCUUUUGCAAUCGAGCGGCUUGUCAUUGUCAAUAUCAGCUCAACCUUCAGAUUCUUCCGAUGAGACUAAUCACAAUCUACGCCCAAACUGCACGGCUCGCUCUCUUCCUGAUUUCCGGUCUUCAGUGCCCGAGGCAGAUAGACUGAUGUCUGAGAAAAAUUGCUCUACCAAUAGGGGUGUUAAUGGAAGCAGUGAUUCUUUGAAAUUCUCUGCUCCAUCGCCUUGUUCUCGUUCGAUGAAUUUGCCAUUAUCAAGUGGUGGUAAUGGUUGUGAAAAGCCUUCAAACUUUGCUCUCCCCAAACCAAACACAAACUCUGUGAAGACGAGUGGAGGCCUCUCUCUGCCUCCAGUCCCACCGCCUGGGGCAAAGUCGUUGGGGGCUGGGAAUGAUGCUAGGAAGGUAAAGAAAGUUUCGACCCAACAGGAAAAUGUACACACUCUCAGAUUGCUUCACAACCGUUAUCUUCAGUGGAGAUUUGCCAAUGCAAAAUCUGAGGCCUCUAUGCAAGCUCAGCAAAGAGAAUGCGAGAGAACACUUUAUUCCCUUGGGGUCAAAAUAUCUGAGUUAUUUGAUUCUGUGAAGAAGAAACGCCUAGAACUUGGGCUUUUGCAAAGAACGAAGACUCUUUCAACAGUUCUUGAAGCUCAAAUUCCCUAUCUGGAGGAGUGGUCUGCUCUAGAGGAGGAUUAUUCAGUUUCUUUAUCAGAAGCAAUUCAAGCUUUGUUGAAUGCCUCACUUCAACUUCCAAUCGGGAAUGUCAGGGCUGAUAUAAGAGAGGUAGGAGAGGCACUGAACUCAGCAACAAAUAUGAUGGAAAUGAUAGUUUUUCAUCUUCAAAGCUUUGUGCCAAAGGCAGAAGAAACAGAAAUUUUAAUUUCCGAACUAGCCAGAGUUACUGGGGGAGAAAAAGCUCUUAUUGGAGAAUGUGGUGGUCUGUUGUCUAAGACAUAUGCAUCGCAGGUGGAAGAGUUCAGUUUGAGGGGUCAGCUAAUCCAAUUGCAUCAUUGCUCUCAUAAAGACAAUCUUGUCAAGACUGAGUAGUACUUCAUCACUGACAUUUUGUUUGUGCUAUCUACAUAGAAUCAAGGAUUUAGCCCAUGA